AUUGUCCAUAACAACAUAACAGACGACAGAAGAUGGUAAUAUGUGUGCACCUUGUUGAGAAAUAAUCAGAAAACAGUGAGAUGAAUUGUAGUUUAAGUUGUUUUGACACAUCUGUGUGUUGUAGUAGUUCUUAUGAAAGCCUCUGUGACAUAGAUAGGGAAAUAUCAGACAUAGUAUUGUCAGAAGUUGGUCUGCUUUUCUGUCAGAGAACCAAAAACUUUUCAGUCUGUAAUGUUCAUUUGGAGAAAAUCUUGAUUAAAAACCGGUCUAAGAAUAAAUCUGUUCGAUGUGCUAUUCCAACACUACUUUCACACCAUAAGAAGACAGCUCCACGGGCGGAGAGAAAUAUUACAAAGGAUGCCAUGUUGAAGAUUCACAGCAGUACUGGCAUUGUACUGGCUAUUGGAACCCCUAUCUGUUCAAACUGCAGAAAACACUUGUCAUCAGGCAAACCAGAUGCACAUCUUGAGGUUUCAGAGCCAAGUGAGGAAAUCUCUGUAGAGACAUUAUCAGAGAUUGACAAUAACACAAAUUUAGCUUUAAACAUUGAAGGAGAGAAAAGAGAAGACAAACGCUACAGUUCUGAUUCAUGUACAAAACUUUGGAAUGAUCACCAACAGGAAACAGUAACAGAUGGAGAGAGUCAAACAGAGAGUGAAAGUAUGUGCUUAGAGACAGGUGACAGCCAAUAUUCAGAGGCAUCAGUUUGUGUGAUGGACAAGUUACAGAAGCUGAAUUCCUUCCUGGCCAUAUCAGAUGUGUCACCUGUGAAAGAAAAAUUGAUUCCAUUAUCAUCAUCUACAGAUAAAACCAAGCAGAGAUGCCUGUCAAAAGCUCUACAAUGUAUGUCAGCCAUUUGUGAAACCAUCUGCCCUGGUGAGGGAGACUCUUUAAAAGAUUUGUUGUUCAAGUCUGUGUUUUCAGCACAUACACCUGAAAAGUCCUCUACACAUGAUCAAACAGCACUUAUAUUGAAGGACAUAUAUAUUUCAGCAGAAACAUGGUCAUUAAGAAGGCAAAUCCUAUCAGUUUUAUCCAGAAAUUAUAGCUUUAAUGAGGUCAGAGAGAUGAUACCGGAUCUGACAAAGUACCGAUUUUAUGCUGCCAAACUGCACAGUGAUGAAGUAGGCUGUGGUCUCCCUGUGUCCAAAGAAAAACUAACGAGAAACAAGAUAGACAUAGCAGAGUUGGAACACUUUAUAGAUUUCAUUAUCAGUUCAGAUGUUGUUAAAGAUCUACCUUUUGGUAUGAAAACUAUGAAGCUUACAACUGGAGAAAUAGUCGCUGUGCCGAAUUUGAUUCGAAGUCUUGCACCUUCAUCUCUUGUAAAUCAGUACAUUCAGUAUUGUGAAUCAGAAAAUGUAGGUCAUUUAGGAAGAAGUACAAUGUAUAAGAUCCUUAAUGACUGUUCUGCCUCAGUAAGGAAAUGUGUUGAGGGUCUUGACUAUUACAUCGCAGAGCAUGUUGAAUGGAAGUAUUUCUUUGAAAAAUAA